AUGAAUAAUAGGCAUCAUGAUGAAUUUAGCUUGAGGAGAAGCAUCAGUAAUACGCUGCGUAAAUCCAGUUUUCUAAAAAAUGGAGCUAAUAAUAAUAAAAAUAGCAAUUUAAAAAAGUUUGUACCAAAUAUAGAUAAUUUAAAAAGUGUAAAUAAUAACAACCCCAAUGAGGAUAUAGUUAAAUUAGAAGAAAGUAUAAAUAAUAAAAGUAUUCAAGAGUUAAUAAAAAAAACAAUAAACAUCGAUUUAGAAAAAGAAGAGAGGAAUAAUAAUAAUUUUAAAAAUAGUAAAAAUAAAAGUAGCUUUUCACCUCAAAAUAUUCAACAAGCAUUAAAUAGUAAAAUAAACUCAUUAAAUUUAGAACAUUAUAAAGGAAAUAAUAACGAACUACCCAUAGAAAAGGAUGGGAAGAAAAAAACUUCUAUUGAUAUAUAUGAUUUAAAUAAUACAAGUAAAAAUAUUUUUUAUAGUAAAAAAUGCUCACCUUCUGAUGUUCACUUUUUACCAUUAACCUUGCCAUUUUUUAAUAACAACGAAAAACACCAAAAAUUUUCUAAAAAAAUUAUGAAGAAUGAAAGAUUUUUUUUUUCUAUUCAGCUUCCAAAUAUGCUACCAGAAGUUAUUAAAGAUAAAAGACGCAGUAAUAGCAGCAUACCUGAUUAUAAUAGAAUAAAAGGCAAAAUUUAUAAUGAUAUUGAAAAAAAAAAAAAUACCAAUGAAAUAAAAAACGAAGAAAGCAGCAUUGGAAACCCAAAUAAAAAUAAUUAUGAACUUAGCAAUAUUAACACAUUACCUAAUGGGAAGUUUGGAAAAUUAAUUAUAUAUAAAAACAAAAAAAUUAAAAUGAAAAUUAAUGGAAUUUUAUUUGAUAUUAAUGAAGGAUCACAAUGUACAUUUUCGCAAGAAAUAGGUUGCUAUAUAAAAGAAAAUUCUGAAUUUAUUUUUCUAGGCAAUUGUGAAAAUAAGCUAAUAGUAACUCCAAAUAUCGAGAAAAUCAUAAUUAAAAAAUGA